CAUAUGUCUGCGCCACGUCCACCCUCUGACAUUCAAUGACGGUUUGCACACAUUUUUUCUAGGUUUCCUUGAUAACACGAGUAGUUAAACCAUAAACUGUCUACCAUGCAAAGAGCCGCACAUACAGCUUUAUACGACUGGUCUCAGAUUGUCGGUCCAGCGGUGAUUCGCCGGUGUUUGAAAUGCAGAGCGACCCUGCAGCAGAGCUCACGUGCAUUCAGUGUGAUCCCGCCUCCGCGGGACAGUGAGGAGAAAGAGAUGCUGGACAGAAUCCUGCGCGUGGACCAUGCGGGUGAAUAUGGUGCCAGCCGCAUCUACGCUGGCCAGAUGGCAGUGUUAGGUCGAACCAGGACGGGACCUCUCAUCCAGGAAAUGUGGGAUCAGGAAAAGAAACACCUUGAGAAAUUCAAUGAAAUUCUGGCUGAGAACAGAAUUCGUCCCACAGCUCUGUUACCCCUCUGGAACAUCGCUGGGUUUGUAUUAGGUGCAUCCACUGCACUGCUGGGAAAAGAGGGAGCUAUGGCGUGCACCGUGGCGGUGGAGGAGAGUAUCUCAGAGCACUACAACAGCCAGAUAAGAGCUCUGAUGGAGAAGGACCCAGAGAGAUACACUGAACUCUUAAAAAUUAUUAAGGAAUUCAGAGAUGAUGAGAUGGACCAUCACGACACAGGGCUGGAGCAUGAUGCUGAAACACUACCUGGAUACUGGCUACUAAAAAAUGCAAUACAGCUGGGCUGCAAAGCUGCAAUAUAUGUUUCUCAACGUGUCUAAUACAUUUUUCAAAUGUUUGUUUUGAUAUCUUGACGCACUUUUUGGGUUAAUUAGAAUUUUUGUUGUACUUUUUCCAGAUAAAAGUAUUGUAUACAAACAUUCACAGUCAUCUACAUGAAUCUACAUUUUAUUGCUUUGCACAGUAUGUAAUUUGUGGACUGUUUCAGUGGGUGAACGUGACCCUUCCUAAAUUAAAUGGCAAAUCUCUACGCUG